GCGGAGGUUCGCACGCGGGAAGGGCGGUGCGCGCCCAGGGCAUGCGCCGUGCAGAGCGAGACGGCGGCUCGGCGGGGUCAUCCAAGCGCAGGCGCAGUGCGGUGUUUGUCUGCCGGACUGACGGGCGGCCGGGCGGUGCGCGGCGGCGGCGGCGGCGGGGAAGAUGGCGGCGUCCUCCCUGGAGCAGAAGCUGUCCCGCCUGGAAGCAAAGCUAAAGCAGGAGAACCGCGAGGCCCGGCGGAGGAUCGACCUCAACCUGGAUAUCAGCCCCCAGCGGCCCAGGCCCAUUAUUGUGAUCACUCUAAGCCCUGCUCCUGCCCCGUCCCAACGAGCAGCCCUGCAGCUCCCACUGGCCAACGAUGGGGGCAGCCGCUCACCGUCCUCCGAGAGCUCGCCGCAGCACCCCACACCCCCCGCCCGGCCCCGCCACAUGUUGGGGCUGCCUUCAACCUUGUUCACACCCCGCAGCAUGGAGAGCAUCGAGAUUGACCAGAAGCUGCAGGAGAUCAUGAAGCAGACGGGCUACCUGACCAUCGGGGGCCAGCGCUACCAGGCGGAGAUCAAUGACCUGGAGAACCUGGGGGAGAUGGGCAGUGGCACCUGCGGCCAGGUGUGGAAGAUGCGCUUCCGGAAGACGGGACAUGUCAUUGCUGUCAAGCAAAUGCGGCGCUCGGGGAACAAGGAGGAGAACAAAAGGAUCCUCAUGGAUUUGGACGUGGUGCUCAAGAGCCACGACUGCCCCUACAUUGUGCAGUGCUUCGGGACUUUCAUCACCAACACGGAUGUCUUCAUCGCCAUGGAGCUCAUGGGCACGUGCGCGGAGAAGCUGAAGAAGCGGAUGCAGGGCCCCAUCCCCGAGCGGAUCCUGGGCAAGAUGACGGUGGCAAUUGUGAAGGCGCUCUACUACCUGAAGGAGAAGCAUGGCGUGAUCCACCGUGAUGUCAAGCCCUCCAACAUCCUGCUGGACGAGCGGGGCCAGAUCAAGCUCUGUGACUUCGGCAUCAGUGGCCGCCUGGUCGACUCCAAAGCCAAAACGCGGAGCGCUGGCUGUGCCGCCUACAUGGCACCCGAGCGCAUCGACCCCCCGGAUCCCACCAAGCCUGACUACGACAUCCGGGCCGAUGUGUGGAGCCUGGGCAUCUCCUUGGUGGAGCUGGCGACAGGACAGUUCCCCUACAAGAACUGCAAGACGGACUUUGAGGUCCUCACCAAAGUCCUCCAAGAGGAGCCCCCGCUCCUGCCCGGACACAUGGGCUUCUCGGGGGACUUCCAGUCCUUCGUCAAAGACUGCCUUACUAAAGAUCACAGGAAGAGACCAAAGUAUAAUAAGCUACUUGAACACAGCUUCAUCAAGCGCUACGAGACGCUGGAGGUGGACGUGGCGUCCUGGUUCAAGGAUGUCAUGGCGAAGACCGAGUCACCGAGGACAAGCGGGGUCCUGAGCCAGCACCACCUGCCCUUCUUCAGGUAGCCGCACGGCUGCGGCCGGCCCGCUGGGGGAUGCGGCCUCAGGCCCCCCUGCCCUGCACAGUCCCCCAGCUGCCCACCAGGGGAGCCCUGGGACCCGGACGGCCGACGAGGGCUGAGGACAGAUAGUAGGGGGCGCCGACCCACCCCCUGACUCCCUGCCCACCAGCCGUGGACAGAUGGGCCUGCCAGGCCCCAGCCCUUUCCCGUCCUGGGAUCAGCCGGCCGUACACGUCCCCCAACCCCGACAGACACUGUGAACGGAAGACAGCAGGCCGCGAGCAGUCUCGCUAUUUAUUCAGUUGUAACCUCUGGGCUGGGGCGGCCCCCAGGGGUCGGGAGAGAGCCGCCAUUCCCUGCACCCUCCCACACCGCGCUGUCCCCAUCUCCCCCUCCAUGCACACAUGCGCCCUGGCUCCAUCUCCCUCUCUGCCACUUCCCUCUCUACCUCUCUGGCUUUCCCCGUCUCCCUCCCUGCCUCUGCCUCUCUCCUGGCCCAGGCCCUGCCACCCCUGGCAGGACCCCUGGGUCCACUUAGGUCCCUGGCCAGUGAUGAGCCAGUUGGCGGGCGCCCUUCCCCCGGCAGGCAGGCUGGACAUUGUGACUGCAGCCAGACCUGGCUGGUCUCUCUCUUUCUCUCUCUCUCUUUGAUCUCAGGGGGUCCUUUUUGGAGUUCAUUGUAUUUUAUUGUACUUGGUGGGGUGUUUGGGGGUGGGGGGAGGAGAAGAGCUUGUUCUCAUGGGCUUUGUUGGUACCUUCAGAAACUUUUACCAAAGUCGUGUUUAGCUGCUUGUGGCGGCAGCCCCCCGAACCGCCUCUGGGUACUGGGGGGCUGGGCUGGGGGCUGAGCCGUGGGGGCUCGGGCCAC